AUGACGACUGAAAGCUCAGCACUGAUGCAUCGUGUUCUUCUUUACACAAUCCUGCAGUUACAAGUCCAAGAUAAUCCUCCUUCACUAUUCGGUUUGGCCAGUUUACGAACCCAUCUCAUCCGUCUCGUCAGGCCAACUGCCGUUGCUCAGCUGUUCUUCCUGCUCCCAUUUCUCCUCCUCUUCCUCCUUAAGCCCAUUCAGCAGCCACAAAUGCCUCCUGCCCAAUUUCCUACGCCCAUACUUUUAUAUGUAAGAUGCGAAUAG